GAUGAUUGCUAUGAAAUUAUUGUCAUUGAAAGAGACGAUUGCUAUGACCGUUUACAAAGAAUGUGAUGUUGGAGUACGAGGAUCUGGGCCUGUAGAAGGCCGUGGACUACGCGGGCGUAAGAGUGUAAUUAAGUGUGCCACUGAGGAUGGGUUGAUGGAGGUUGGUAUAUGGGGAAUAAACGGGGAAGUUAAACUUGUUUUUGUUGUGUUAUUGCCACUGGUGUUGCAAUCAUGUGCUGUAAUAGUUGACGAGAACAAUCGGCUCAUGUGCUGUAAUAGUUGGAACAACUUUUCCUCUAUUGGGAAAAGUCAUUCCGGGGCAUGGACAGCAACCCCAAACAUGAGCCUCUUAACUGCUCGGACACUGAUGAAUGACGUGGCCGAUGGGGAUCAUGGAGGUUGUCCACUCGGUCUAUUAGACCGAGAAUCCAUAUAUCUUGCUCGC